AUGACCUCGAAGUCGAACUUGUGCUUUCUUCUUCUGCCAGUGCUGCUGGCCUUUGCAAGGGCCUCCGAGCUCUGCGACGCAGGCCAGAAUACGCAGAGGUUGCAGGUGGAUUUGGGGUUGGAACAGUGUCCGGACCACGGCCUCAUCUACGCGGCAAGCAAGCUUCACGCCGACCGAGAAGGGGUGCCCUCUGGCCGAUUAGAAUUGGAAGAAGAGAAGAGAGAGGGAGAUGCUGCUUGCGCCGCGCAAAGCUCGGCGCUCCUCCAGCACAGUCACGGCAAGGCGGACCAAGGAGCGGAGGCGGAGAGCCUCUAUGGGGAGAGCCUCUAUGGCACGGCCGGAGUACCCCUUUGCAAGGAUGCCGCCGAUUUCCUUCCAGAGAGGGAAAUGUGGGCUUGGUGCGACUUCUACGGUCCCGGUGCCACGAUGCCAGACGAAACGGUGUGCAACGCUCAAGAGGGUUGCAACGGUGGACAGGGCUGGUGCCACUGCGAGGGCGCAACAGGCUGCCAGGGGGCGGGUGGCAUCUGGAAUGCCCAAACCUGCGCGAUGGAGGUGGACAUGUUCAGUCCGGAGCAGCGGGACAUGUUGCGCGAGGCGGACUUGCACGGCAGCUGCCUUGACCUGGAGGCCAAUGGCAUGAAAGCGAAGGAUCUGGUGUCCUGGCCCGCGCAGAAGUGCUGCCAUUCCUUCCCAGCGACGGUCUGCAACAAAGAGCUUGAGGCGCAGACACCUUGCCUGGAGAACGAGGACUUCGAGCACAACAAGUCGAUGUGGGCCUGGUGCGACACCUACAUCGCUGCUCCCUCCCAGGAGGUCUGCAAUGCGAACGGCUGCCAGGGCGACCAGUGGCAUUGCCACUGCGAGACGCAAGCCGGCUGCCUUGGUGUAGGUGGUCGUUGGGAGGAGUACCAGUGCUGGCAGGAUCUGCAGUGGAUGUCGGCAGAGGUACACGAGGGCAUCAAGAAGGCAAAAAGCCAGCACACUUGCGACGACGUGGAAGUUUGGCACAGCCCUCUGCACUACCAGGUGGAUUGGCUUGGCUCCAGCUGUUGUUCCACAGGCAAGUCCGUCUGCAAGGCCUGGAGCAUCUCUGCAGCCAGUACAGACUGA